AUGGCGGUCCUUGGAAAUCUCGAAGUCACUAUCUCAAGCCAGGGAAACACGUUGCAAGAAUACUAUGUUGACCCAGGUGCAGUAGCCAACAUCUUGAGCGGCUCUUCGACCCAGCAGGCCGCAACGGUCAUCAAGUACAUCGAAGCCACUCCCAAAGCUGAGUUCCAGAUCACCUACAAGACCAUAGGGGAGCUGGACUUUGGUAAAGCUGACUAUAUCGUCUUUCGGACCUUUGUCGACGGACAGAGACUCACUUCGCCGUGUGUCGAGCAGAAGGACCUUGAUAAACAAGGCUAUUAUGCAUGUUCUAGGAGUGGAGCAGUGAGGUGCGAUGAAGUUGUGUCCAAACUGCACCCAUUCUGCUGGAAGGAACUCUCUAUUACUGAUGAAACAUCCACCACAUCUCCGGCUGUUGACCCGAAGAAUCAUGCGCAAAUCGGUACCAUCAAGGUCCAAUGCAACCGAAAACGAACCACCAGCUACAGAGGCAAGCGUACGCUUCCGUAUAUGCCAUUAUCCAAUGAGCCAGUCCCAGAGAAAGCUUUGAAGGGUAGAGCAGUUGAUGUCAAGGAUGACCUGCAAAAUCCAGGAACGUCAGAACGGGUGAAUGUGUUGACAACGAACCCCUUGCCGAAUUUAUCUUCCUUUACAGAUCCAAACGUAAGACUCAGUCAAACUUUCACUAUUGCCUCGCUCACGGAGGUAGAUGCGCUGCAGAUCCUGGAGGUUCUGCCACGUACACCACCACCACUGCCGUUGGAGGACAGAGCCACGAAUUCUUUGACACUCGAGGAGGCGACGACGAUGCUGGAUCGACAGAAGGUACAAUCAAGACAUUUCUUCUCCGGGCCCAUGGCUGGCAUCGAAUUAAAGGCAGAGCUCGAAGCUGCACGACUUGCGAUUGAACGACUGGAGGCACAGAAGCUAAAGUUGGAGGAGAACCUGGGUGCCCUACGGCGAUCAGUGGCUGCAAUCGUGGCUUUCCCACAGGGUGACUACGAGGAAGACGGCAACGCGAACUCCAUCGUCAAGCGAGAAGCUCCCGACCGAGCAAAUCCCCGUGAGAGUCUCAGCACCACCGAGCCUCCAAGGAAGAGAGUCAAGCAUGAGCCAGAGGUCAUCGACUUGUCGGACUGA